UGGCCAGGCUGCACAGGGCCUGUCAGCGGCCGAGCCGCUGCGGGCGCAAUGUAGCGGAGCGCCGGUUGCCUUCAGAGCUGCCGGCUCGAGCCGGGCGCUGCCGCCGUCCGCGGGAUGAGAAAACGGAACGAGUCCGUGACGGUGGAGCAUGAGCGCCUCGCUGCCGCCCCGCCACCGCCCCCGGCUGCCGGCUGCAGCCUGAGGCACAGCCUGCGCCUGCCUGGCGGCCCCGCCCGAGACGCGGGUAUGAAGCGGCCGCUCGGCAGGCGUUACGGAUUAUGGUUCCGAUUACGGAAGUUAAUAAUCUGGUUGGUGGGAGUGUACAUAGCCAUUCCAUUCCUAGUAAAACUUUGUCCUGUUAUUCAGGCAAAGCUGGUCUUCUUAAAUUUUGUGAGAGCCCCAUAUUUCAUUGACUUGAAAAGACCACAGGAUCAAGGUUUAAAUCACACCUGUAAUUAUUAUCUGCAGCCAGAGGAGGAUGUAACUAUUGGAGUCUGGCACACAGUCCCUGCAGGGUUGUGGAAGGAUGCUCAAGGAAAGGACCAGCCAUGGUAUGAGGAUGUUUUGGGUUCCAACCAUCCUAUAAUCCUUUACUUGCAUGGAAAUGCAGGAACCAGAGGAGGGGAUCACCGUGUGGAACUCUACAAGGUGUUAAGUUUCCUUGGUUACCAUGUAGUCACAUUUGAUUAUCGAGGGUGGGGAGAUUCAGUAGGCACUCCUUCCGAGAGAGGGAUGACCUAUGAUGCCCUCCAUGUGUUUGACUGGAUAAAGGCAAGAAGUGGAGACAAUCCUCUCUAUAUAUGGGGGCAUUCCUUAGGCACUGGGGUUGCAACGAACUUAGUGAGACGCCUUUGUGAACGAGAAACUCCUCCAGAUGCCCUUAUCCUGGAAUCGCCAUUUACUAACAUACGUGAGGAAGCAAAAAGCCAUCCGUUUUCAGUGAUAUACAGAUACUUCCCUGGGUUUGACUGGUUCUUCCUCGACACCAUCACGAUGAGUGGAAUUAAAUUUGCAAAUGAUGAGAAUGUAAAAUACAUUUCCUGUUCACUGCUCAUCCUCCAUGCUGAAGAUGACCCUGUUGUACCAUUUCAUCUCGGAAAGAAGCUUUACAACUUGGCUGCAACAUCACAGAGCUUCCGGGACUACAAAGUGCAGUUCAUUCCCUUCCACACAGACCUAGGCUACCGGCACAAGUACAUCUACAGGAGUCCAGAGCUACCUCGAAUACUGCGGGAAUUCCUGGGGAAAUCUGACCAUGGGCAUCGUCACUGAAGACUGGCUGCUUGGUAGCACUAAAGCUUUCUUUUCUUUUUUGGGGGUCAGUCUGCCUUUCUUUCACCCCCUAUGGAAUUCCUAUGGUAGUCCUGAUGCGUACCCUCGGAAACCCAGAUUCCCAGCAUCAGCAUUUGAGAAGGUAGAGGAAAGAAGAGAAAUUAGUUAGCUUCUGUGUUAACAUGGACAGAAAACGAAUCCCAUGCAGCAGUACCAAACAGUUAAAACUUGAGCACAACAGAGACUUACCAAUACAGCAUAGCUAACCCAUGUAGACAUUCCUAGAAAUUGUGCAUCAGGACCAAUGGCCUUUUUUCAGUUUGUUUUUUGAACAGCAGUGGACUGAGAUACCUACACAAGGGUGGCUGCCACCAUCCCUCUAUGCCACGCUAGUCUGGCUUGAGUUCCAGUGGUUUUCCUUUAGAAGAAGAAACACGUUUAGUACAUUUUAUUUUUCAAAGGUUAUAAUCAGAAAAAUGCUGAGAAUCCUGGGGAGAACUGGUAUUUUAUUGAAAUCACUGUUAACUCUAAGAAUUAUAGAAUCAGCAUUGCAAAGGUGUCUGAAUCAUUGGUAGAAAAACCCAAUUUUGAAAAAAACCAAGAGCAAAGUCAGCUGUAUUUCCUGGGAAUCCUUAGAUCUUUCCUGCUUCUUUUCUGCCUCCUGAGCCCUGCCUUUGGAACAUCUCUUCUCCUCUUAUGUGCUUAAUGUCCCCCUCCUUCCUAGGCAUCUCUCUGAAGAGCCCCAGUCCUGAUAUAUACUAGGCAGGUUUACUGCAUGCUGUAGACUUUAUUUUGCAGGCUUCUUCUUUGUCUGAGCUCCCCCCCUCUCUUAACAGUCCAGGUCGAGAACAUGCCAGACUUUCUUAAUGGUGGUGGUGGUGGUGGUGGUGACAUGUCUUCCAUUCUCCUGUGACAUACAGAGACACAAGCACUUUCUUGGGCAGGAGGCAGUGAUUCAGGCUCCUGCAUGUUUUCUCCUCAGACACUCAUGCAUUUUGUAGCUCUUCUUAGCAGGCACAAAGAGCAAGGUGGCCUUUCUAGCUCCUUUAGGCAGUGCAAAUCAUGCAUAGCUAAAAGCAAGCAGCAGUAUAUGGUUAGCCAGGAAAACCACCUCUGAUCCGUGUUUUCCCUCCCAGCCUUUAUUUCCUAGCCUGGCACAAUGUCUCUCUCAGUUGUCCUGCUGGCACACAGCACACGUCAUAUAUGUGUGUGGCUGUACACCACCUUGCCACUCCAGCCAGUGCAGCAAUGGACUGGCACAGGGGGCUCUGGCUUCCCGGUGCCCUGCUUCACCAUGUGGAGGUACCAACAUAGUGAUUCCACUUCGGGCUGAGCAGCACAAGACGCAUGCUGCCUCAGCUCUGUGGCAAGAAGCUUGAUGUCUCCUCCUUUCUGUUGCCCUCCCUAGCCUGCUGCACACACUGAGCUCAACAGGCAGCUUGUUUGCUCUUACCCUUGCUGCCCCCUUGAAGCCUGCCCCUUUCCCCCCGGGUCCUCAGCAGGAUCCAAGCUCCUGCAGUCCCACCCUGGAGCAGAGUGGCUUGGGGGACAAUGCCAUGUACUGAAUUUUGGGCCCUGUACCUGGGAAGGGGCUUUGCAGGGCUCCCAGACUUGUUCAGACUCAUUCAAGCAACCUCAUUCCAUCAAUUUACAAUAGCGGGCUGAGUAGCUUUAGUUCCUAGUGUUCAGCAGUGAAAUUUACAGCCUUAACACUAAAGGGGUCUGUUCACUAAUGCAGUUGUGUACAGCAUAACAUAAACAGCCCAGCAUGCAUCCAAGUUAUAUCUACAGGCUCAUAAUUGUUACAAAGCAGACAGUAGCUUGUUCUUGUACUGCGACUUUCUGCUGUAGUGUGGUUAUACUAAGAUUUUUGCCCCAUAAUACUUAGGAGCUAACUGUACCACUUACAGUUUGUUUGAUAAUACACUUCUAUUUAUUGCACUGAUAGAACAGGACACUGUUUGGCUCCUUAUAAAACCAACUGUACAUUCCGUCUAAUGCUGCUGCUGUCAUCUGACUUAUGUUAAAUUACAGACUUAAACAGAAAUGUUGACUUUUCCCAUGUGACAAAGAUUAGAUUCCAAAGCAUGAACCAGUGUUGUUGUUUAUUUCAACACCUACAUUCCAGUUAUUAGGCCAGUAAUGUACUUUGACAUUUAAAUUGAAAUGUCUAUCUAAAAGUGUGUAGUUUUAUUAAAAUGAUUGACUUCUGAUCA